AGCUCAAGCCACAGCCAGAACUUGUCCCCUGUGCAGUCUUCAUUCGCCCUUUGAUUUCACUUGGCCUCUGUCCUGGCCACACUCAGCCCCUCAUUGGGGGAUUCUAGGCAGGCAGGGGCUUCUACCCUUGACCACACCACUUGUUGACCAAAGCCCCUUGUUGAGGAUUCUAGGCAGGGGCUCCACUCCUGAGCCACCAUGCCCUAGUCCCUACCUAGGAUCAGUGUGUUGUGUGGGUUGAUGGUGGCACGCAUUUAGAAAUGCUCACCUUCCAACAGUCCUCCAGGAGUGUAGCUUUGGGAUUGUUGCUGCACAUGCUACUCCAUCCCUAGUCCUCUUCCUUCUUUUGUAGCUGAGGCUGGCCUUGAACUGCCGAACCUCCCAUCUCUGCCUCUGGAAUUCAGGAUGAUAGGCAUGUUACCACUGACAUGCAUGGCUCUUUUACUUUGUCUUUUGAGAAAGUCUUGCAUUGUAGCCCAGUCUAGCCUGCAUUGUAGCUCAGUCUCCCAAAUGCUAGGAUGAGUGUCACAUUCCCUAGUACAACCCAGGCCACUUUUAGUGUGCAGUUCUCAGUCUGGGUGCUUCCCUCAUUGAUUUCUGUGAUCCAACCUAUUCCUGGUAUUGGCACGUAGAUGCUGUUUUCCAUUUCCAAGUGACAUUCCUGGGGUUCCCCCUUAUCUCCUGACAGGCCCAGUGAUAUAUCUUAUCCAGGCCAGCCAGGCGCUGCUUGGGGAGAAAGUGCUUUACAUUCUUGGGUGGUGACAGGGCUGAUUGGUGUUUGGCCUCAGCUGCUACCUUGAAAGCUGGGUCCUGAGCAGCCUGGGUAAAGUGAGAGCUUUCUCUCACUGGCAGCUGGACUCCGGUGCAAACUCAGUCCCACCACCCCUGGUUGAUUGGGAAUGCCCGAGAAAGGGGGCUAGUCCUUAGGAACAUCCAUGCUCACUGGACAUCCCUGCCUAGCUUUCCGCUGGCCCUUUGGGCCUGGGUCUAAGGUGCCAUCCACCCUAGGACAGGCAUGGUGUGCACCUGUGCUUAAGGACAGAGCCUUCCCUUCAAGGGAGCCUAGUUCAAGUGACUUUUGAAAGCUGUUUCCUUUUUGAGAAAGGGUCUCAAGUAGCUCAGGCUGGCCUUGAACUGGUGAGCUUCCUUCCUCAGCCUUCCCAGUGCUGAGAUGAUGGGCAUGUGCCUUCAUGUCAGUUUAUGCCGUGCCUUAGAUGGAACCCACAGCUGCUUUGUUGAUGCUCAGCAAGCGUUCUACAAACUCAGCUCCAAACCUUGUCUUCUUAAAAACGAUACUUUCAUGUGUUUUGUGCAGCAAGCGCAUGCCACCAUAUGCGUCUGGUGGUCAGAGGAUUGAGAGUCAGUUGUCUUCUACCAUGUGGGUUCUGCAGUUCACACCUGGCUUUUCCCUGCCGAGCUCAUACCGCUGUGUAUGUACUAUGAGCCUGUGGGGUCCUCACCUUGCAGCAAUCCUGCGCUGGCGUCCUGAGCACAGGGGCUACCCCGUGCACUGCCAUACCCAGCAGCGCUGGCGUCCUGAGCACAGGGGCUACCCCGUGCACUGCCAUACCCAGCAUUAGUUCUGUUCCUUCAUCUCCAAAGUCCUUGGUCUGUUGCUGCCCAUGCUCACUUGCUGGGUGGGUCUCAUGGAUUCAGAAGUCUGCAGAACCUGUGCCUUUCUGGGAAUGAUUUGUCUGAUACUCCAAACCCCAGACUGGCUGUAGUUGUGGCUUCACAGUUGGCCUUCCAAGAAUGGGAGUUCAGCCCUUGGCUAUCCCCUAGCCUCUCCCUUUUCCUGUUUUGAUGCUGUCUCAGCCAAGCCCGGAGACAGGGGCAUGAUGGUUUAAUCCUGGCUGAAGCUGAGAUGGACUGGUGCCCACUGACUCUCCUACCUGCCAUGUGCCCUUCCCAGUCUCUGUUGGCCCCACAUGGCCACACUCCAGUAGGGGACCGAGAACAGGCCUCCUCCCAGCCUCCCUGUACUUCCUCCACUGAUAGCAGGUGGGGUGGGGACACAGGUUGGUGGCCAGCUCUGGACUUGUUUCUGGCUGAUGGUGUGACACUCAUAAAUCAGGGACAUCAGGUUGUCAGAAAUGGGUCUAUGGAAUGUCUGGGUGGGUAAGCCAUCAAUUCUUAGGGAUGAGGAUGUGUGGACAAGGUGGGUGGGACCCCCAUGGCUUCCCUGGGACAUGGUGUUGGCAGUGAUUUUAAUCCCCAGGACAGGCAGGGGAUAAAUUCAGGGCACCAAGGUCUCUCAGCAUCCUGGGGCCUCCUGCAGUCAGAAUGGCUGCAGGAAGACUUCUGACCAUGUUUCUGCUGCUCCUGUCCUUGCACCUGGGCCUUGGCUGGAUCCUUGAUCUUCAAGAGGCUCCUGUGGCAGAUGAGCUCUCAUCUGGGAAGAUGGCAGAGACUGGAGGGACUUGGAAGGCCCAUCAGGGUAACAACCAUGUCCGCCUUCCAAGAGCCUUGGCUGGUUCAUGCCGGCUGUGGAGCCUGACCCUACCAGUGGCUGAGCUGGGCCUGGGCUAUGCCUCAGAGGAGAAGGUCAUCUUCCGAUAUUGCGCUGGCAGCUGUCCCCAAGAGGCCCGUACCCAGCACAGUCUGGUACUGGCCCGGCUUCGAGGGCAGGGUCGAGCCCAUGGCCGACCCUGCUGCCAGCCCACCAGCUACGCUGAUGUGACCUUUCUUGAUGAUCAUCACCACUGGCGGCAGCUGCCUCAGCUCUCAGCUGCAGCUUGUGGCUGUGGUGGCUGAAGAAGGCCAGUCUGGUGUCUCAGAAUCACAAGCAUGAGGCAGCCUGGGCUUUGAAAGGCUCAGGUGACUUUAUUAGCAAUUUACAUAAGUGAAGAAGAUAAGGGAAGGGACCUGGGUUGUUUGGUUUUGUUUGUUUGCUUGUUUGUUUUCUUAUCAGCAGUGAAUGCAAUAAAUAAUAUUCUCGUGGG